AUGGUCACCAUCAGAGGUCUAGCCACCAUAGCGGUAUUCCUCCUGGUCGCACUAUCCACGUCCCACAUUGCCUCCUCCCUUCGCCCCGGCACCCUCGGUGUCUGCCGUGCCAGUGGCUAUCUUCCGGGCAAGGCAGGCCACUGCGAGAAGAGCAAUGAUCCAGAGUGCUGCGAGGACGGUAAGAGGUACCCACAGUACCACUGCUCGCCACCAGUCACCGCGACUACAAAGGCUGUGCUAACACUUAACAGCUUCGAGAAAGGUAAGGAUGGUGGAGGUCCAUCGGAGUGUGAUAACUCCUACCACAGCGACAAGGAACUAGUCGUCGCGCUAUCCACCGGUUGGUUCGAGAACAUGGCACGGUGCGGCCACCGCAUCAAGAUCACCGCUAACGGCAAGUCUGUGUAUGCUAAGGUGGUGGACGAGUGUGACUCCGUGUACGGCUGUGACGAUGAGCACAACUAUGAGCCACCAUGUGCCAACAACAUCGUCGACGCGUCGCCAGCGGUGUGGAAUGCCCUCGGGCUCGAUCAGAAUGUCGGUAUGGAGGAUAUCACCUGGUCACAAGCAUGUGCGGAGAGUGGUCGCGUCAGACGCCGCAACGCUCCACCUGGCCACUGCGAGAAAAGCAAUGAUCCAGACUGUUGUGAGGACGGUAAGAGGUACCCGCAGUACCACUGCUCGCCACCGGUCACCGCGACUACCAAGGCCGUCCUGACGCUCAACAGCUUCGAGAAAGGUAAGGAUGGUGGUGGUCCGUCGGAGUGUGAUAACUCCUAUCAUAGUGACAAAGAACUGGUCGUUGCGCUAUCCACCGGUUGGUUCGAGAACAUGGCACGGUGCGGCCACCGCAUCAAAAUUACCGCCAACGGCAAGUCUGUUUAUGCUAAGGUGGUGGACGAGUGUGACUCCGUGUACGGGUGUGACGACGAGCACAACUAUGAGCCACCAUGUGCCAACAACAUCGUCGACGCCUCGCCAGCGGUGUGGAACGCCCUCGGGCUCGACCAGAAUGUCGGUAUGGAGGAUAUCACCUGGUCGCAAGCGUAA